CUCGCUUUCUCUCUCUGCCUGGAGCUGCCGCUGGGGCUGUUGUGAUACGCCGCCGCCGCCGCCUCCUGAUCUCCUUUCUCCCCCUGUCACUCCAGCAGCCCAGCGGUGGUGGAGGGGGAGCAGGAGAGCCAAGAGUCGCUGGGCUCCAUCUCGAUCUCCGGGGUGCUCCCCUUCCCAAGCCAGCCAGCCAGCCCGCUCGCCAGCCAAGCCACUGCCGGCGCCGAAAGCACCCCGAAACCCUUCUCGGAUCUACUGCCAAGCCCCAAGGGAAACUGGCAUCCACAUCUGGGCAAGCACAUCUGGGCAUGCAACGCCGAUUUUUUCCGGAUUCCGCGCGCACCCAGGAAGGAAAGCUUUUCCUCUUUUCUCGUUAAGCCCUCAGUCUUCCUGGAAGGGUUCCAUUUUUGAACCGCUUUUUCACCGAAAAGGAAACAAGGAAACGAGCUAGAGGGAGACAGCGGAGGAAUCCCAAGGCGGUUUUCUUUUCUUUUUCUUUUACUUCCCCCCAGGGAUUCAGUUCAUGGGGAUGUGUUCAAGGCAAGAUAGGAUUCAGAAGGAUAUUGACAUAGUGAUCCAAAAGUGCAAGGCGGAGAAGGACUGCCUGUUUGCAGAUUUCAGAUACGCAGAUUCCACUUUUACCUUCACCUACGUUGGAGGAUCCAAAAGCAUAUCCUAUUCGGUGCACGUCUCUGAGGAUUACCCAGAUAACACCUAUGUGUCCAGCUCAGAUAAUGAUGAAGAUGUACUAGUUACAACAGAGCCAAUUCCAGUAAUUUUCCACCGAAUUUCCACAGAAUUGCGAAAAACCAAUGAUGUCAACUGUUGUUUAUUUAUAAAGUCAAAAUUACAAAGAGAAAAUGGAGAGGAAUCAAGACACAGUAAUGUGGUUGAAGAAGAUUCAGAAGGGGACAAUGACUCAGAAGAGUUUUACUAUGGAGGGCAGGUUAGUUAUGAUGGAGAACUUCACAAACAUCCACAGCUGGAAGCUGACUUGGCAGCAGUAAGAGAAAUCUAUGGGCCAAAUGCAGUAUCUCUCAGGGAAUAUGGAGCCAUUGAUGAUGUAGAUAUUGAUCUGCAUAUUGAUGUUAGCUUUCUUGAUGACGAGAUUGCAGUGGCCUGGGAUGUAAUCCGCACAGAGCCUAUAAUUGUGCGCUUGCACUGUUCACUCACCCAAUACUUAAAUGGACCUGUGCCCACCAUUGAUGUAUUUCAGAUCUCUACUAAGGAAAGAUUUGGACUGGGGCAUCAGCUAAAGAAAAUUAUGCAAACAUUUGUUACACAGCAAUGGAAAAAUGGCAAAGAAAAAUCGAACAGUAUGCACAACAAAAAAUUCUCAGAAAAGAAAGUGAAAUCUCCCCUGCACAUCUUUUCUACAUUGCGCAGGUCGCCGAGUUAUCCUCCACCAGGCUGUGGAAAAAACAAAUCAAAAUUGAAACCUGAACAAGAUGGUAUCUCAAAAACCCACAAGUUAUUGAGGAGGACUUGUUCUAGCACAGUUAAAGCUGAGGAAUCAUGUGUGGCAAAAUCUCACAGAACCUUUGGUCGCUCGCUGUCCAGCGAUCCUAGGGCUGAACAUGCAAUGACCAUUAAGUCACACAAACUGUUGAACCACUCUUGCUCUGCAACCAUUAAGCAGGAUGAAGGCAUCACGUUAAAGUCCCACAAACUGCUGAAUAGACCAUGCUCUGGGGAUAUGCGAUGUGAGCACAACAGUACUUUGAAGCCCCACAAACUUUUAAGCAGGUCUUAUUCCAGUAAUCUUAGGAUGGAUGAAUUGGAUGGGUUGAAGAACCACAAGUUACUCAGCAAGAGUUAUUCCAGUGCCCCCAAAUCAUCUAAAAUGGAACUUUUCAAAGAACCCACAAUAACAGAGGGCAGGAGACUCUCUCUUACCUCAGGGCUUAUUGGUAUCUUAACACCAUCCACAUCUUCGCCAUCGCCAUCCUCUGUGCGUAAACUGUUUUCUUCUCCAAAUUAUGGUGCAAAAUCUGUUCCUAUAAGAGACCAUGGCUUUCUUGUGCAGACAAUUGAGUUUGCUGAGCAGAGGAUACCUGUACUAAAUGAAUAUUGUGUAGUUUGUGAUGAACCACAUGUAUUCCAGAACGGACCCAUGCUCAGGCCAACAGUCUGUGAACGGGAACUGUGUGUAUUUGCUUUCCAAACUCUAGGCGUGAUGAAUGAAGCCGCAGAUGAAAUUGCAACAGGGGCUCAGGUUGUAGACUUACUAGUAUCUAUGUGCCGUUCUGCAUUAGAAUCCCCAAGAAAAGUUGUCAUUUUUGAGCCAUAUCCUUCAGUAGUAGAUCCUAAUGACUCUCAGAUGCUAGCCUUUAAUCCCAGGAAGAAGAAUUAUGACCGAGUCAUGAAAGCACUGGAUAGCAUUACUUCCAUAAGAGAAAUGACGCAGGCACCUUAUUUAGAAAUAAAGAAGCAGAUGGACAAACAAGACUCACUUGCGCAUCCUCUACUACAGUGGGUUAUUUCUAGUAAUAGAUCACAUAUUGUGAAGCUACCUGUGAACAGGCAAUUGAAAUUUAUGCACACCCCACACCAGUUUCUUCUGCUCAGCAGCCCACCAGCCAAAGAGUCCAAUUUCAGAGCUGCUAAAACUCUUUAUGGAAGUACCUUUGCAUUUCAUGGAUCGCACAUUGAAAACUGGCACUCGAUCCUGAGGAAUGGCUUAGUGGUUGCUUCCAAUACAAGGCUGCAGCUCCAUGGUGCAAUGUUUGGAAGUGGUAUUUACCUUAGUCCAUUGUCAAGCAUAUCUUUUGGUUACUCAGGGAUGAACAAGAAACAGCAGAAGGUAUCAGCUAAGGAUGAGCCUGCUUCAAGCAGUAAAAGCAGCAGUGUAUUACAGUUACAAAAAAAGGGGCAGCAGUCUCAAUUUUUGCAAAGCCGAAACUUAAAAUGCAUAGCCUUAUGUGAAGUGAUAACUUCACCAGAUCUGCACAAACAUGGGGAGAUAUGGGUAGUUCCCAACACUGAUCAUGUGUGUACGAGAUUCUUCUUUGUCUAUGAAGAUGGCCAAGUAGGCGAUACAAGUAUAAACACUCAAGAGCCAAACAUCCAUAAAGAGAUCCUCCGAGUCAUUGGUAAUCAAACUGCUACUGGUUGAAAGGACCUCUUAAAUAGUUCUUGUGUUUUGGGAGCCUUCUUCAGUCUCAAAGCUGGAUUUUGAACUGAAGAAGAUAUAGUGUAAAAUAUAUUUCUUUUUUUUCCUGAACAAGUUAACCCUUUGAAUACUUUUUUCUUACUUAGUAUUUCUUAUCACAAAAGUUUAUGAAUAUAUAUAUAUAUAUAUAUAUAUAUAUAUAUAUAUAUAUAUAUAUAUGCGCAACAGUAGGGAGACGUGUUGAUACAAUGCAGGUGAUAAUUGAACAGAAAUUUUGAUUAUUCACAAUAAACAUACUUUGAACAGGAGUUUUGUGCUGCUAUUUUUAUAUUAAAGAAUUGAAUUGGAUUAUUUUACUAUUGUAUAUCUAUAUUUUUAAAUGUAUGAUAACUACAGAAAGGCGUCUACUUCUUUUAAAAAAGUGGAAUCCUAUAUAAAUGGAAUUACUGAAAUAUUUACAUUUUAAUACAGCAUAGGAAUUAGUUGCUUGAAAUUUAAUAAAUAAGAUAGAAAGGUUAGUUGUAAUAUAUUUUCCCUUUAUGCAAAAGAUGUAUGGGAUCCAAAAUGUUACAGAAAAAACACCUUUCUGUUCUAUUGACAUAAUAUAUAUAUAUAUAUGUAUCCUAGCUUAAAAUUGUUUUAUUAAUUGUCGGUAUAACAGCAUGUAUCUGAAGGUGUACAGAUUUUAUUCCGUUAGAUGAAGGAGCUUUUAGAGAAAACAUUCCUGGUGGAUUCAAUCAAUACAUCUCUCUUAAAUUCUUGGGAAGACAUUUUUUGUGCGCAUAAGAGUUUAUUUAAUGUCUGAUUGUGUCCAUGCUACCUUUAUGAAAAUUUCAAAUUAUUACAGGCAAAGCACUGAGUUUUUUACAGCUCAAAAAAUUCUGUUUUCUUUGGAUUUUUGCCACAAGCAUAUAGCAAUAUUCAUGUGACAAAAAAAGAAACCGUGAGCAGAAGUUCUAGAAACCUAAUUGCAAAACUUUUACCAUUCCCCCCAUUCCAAAUGAAAACAUGCUUUUGGAUGUCCAAUCUUUUCCAUUUCACUGUACACACAUAAAUGGUCAAAAUCACAUUGAUCCUAUUUGCAGAGCUGUUUCACAUGGAACAUGUAAUUUGUACAUAUAUUUGUAUAGUGGGGUAGCUAAUGAAUCUUGGAUAUGUGCUCCCAUUUUUUUUAAUUUCUGUGAACUAGACUCACACAUAUACAGAAUAGUUUGUACUGAUUCAUUGUUUUUCUCAGGAUACAAAACAAUUUGUGGCUACUUGCAAUUAUCUUGUUACACAAAGAAGAAUCUAUGCCCAAGAAAGGCCUAAGGCUACUACUCAUUGCAUACAUUACAUGUAGUUCUGGAGAUUGUGAGAAACAGUAUGCAACUUCUAUCAUAUUAAGAGCUGAGUUUGUUGUCUUGUUGUCACUGAAUUGGGUAAAACAAUCGCACCUUAAAGGGUAACCAAAUAAGAUGGUAAGCAUCUUCCUCCUGAGGGUUGUUCUUAUUAUCUGUUUUGUUUUGACACCCAUGAAACCAUCAGUGAUUCUUGUCUACAAUUUUAACCUAAUGGGAAAUAAAAUG